AUGAUUACUUAAUCUCCGAAUUUCAAAUUGAACCCUAUGACUCCAUUAAGUGUUCAUCAUAAGUUGGCUUUAAUUGAAGAUGAACCUGAUGACUUGGAAUUAGAUUAGGAAUACUAAAAAAUAUCAUUUAAUGAAAAUUUGAUAGUUUGUAUGUACAAACCUAAUCAAAAUGUUACUAAUAUCUAAAAAACAAUUCUAAAAUUAAAAGGGUAACCAAAUAUUGGGUGGGUUAAUCCAAUUUUUAAAGAUGAAAAAAUAAGAUCAACCUCAAUCCUAAAAUGCUCUCAAUCACCAAUUGGAAUUUGCUCUAUUUGUUCAUGA